AUGCUGGAAGACUUGGAAUCGGUUCUGAGAGCCUUGGCGGAUGCUAACCUCACGUUAAAGCCGUCCAAGUGUUCGUUCGGUAUACGCACCUUAGACUACCUCGGAUUCCGAAUCACUGAAGGAGAAAUACGACCGGGACGGAAGGUCGACGCGCUAGCCAAUUUUCCACGGCCCCAGGACGCGCACGAAGUGAGGAGGUUCCUAGGACUCGCCGGAUAUUUCCAACGAUUUAUCGUAAAAUACGCCGAAAUCGCAGAACCACUCACCCAACUUACGGGAAAGGACGUGCCUUACUGCUGGCAAGAUGAUCAACAGACGGCUUUUGACACACUGAAGGACAAGCUGUGUACAGAACCAGUCGUCGCCAUGUAUAAUCCCAACGCGGCGGUUACGGAAGUGCAUACCGACGCGAGCGCGAAAGCGUUGUCGGGGAUACUGUUCCAAGGUGAUAGAACUACCGACCUCAGAAUGAUUUACGCUGUGAGUAAGCGAGCUACGUCGGCCGAAUCGAAAUACCACUCGAGUCGACUCGAGCUCUACGCUAUAAUCUGGACCUUGAACCGGCUACGACAUUAUUUGCUGGGGAUACGAUUUACGGUCAUUACCGAUUGCCAAGCUCUGGUGUACUUAAACGUACACAAAACAACGAAACCCCAGAUUGCUCGGUGGUACGAGAUACUACAAGAAUUCGACUUCGAAAUAAAAUACCGACCGGGGACGCGUAUGUCGCACGUCGACGCCCUUAGCCGUGUUUUAUACGACGGAGCGGAACCAGAUGACUCGGUUGACGUCGAAAUUUCAAACAGAGUCGACGUUUAUGUGACGAUGACAAAACACGAAGCUGUACGGUUACUUCAAGCCACGGAUGAAGGCACGCGCCGGAUAAUCGAACUUCUGAACGGAGAACCUACGCAGAACAACAACGAGGCAACUGGUUACCAGGUAACCGAGGGAGUGUUAUAUAAGGUCCACCGUGGUCGCCCGUUACUCGUUGUACCAAAAUCCAUGCGUAAGGGCGUGGUUAUUGCAGCGUAUGACUACGGCGGACAUUUUGCCGUCGAUCGCACCGUUGCACGUAUAACCGACGAUUAUUGGUUUGUCGGAAUGAAGCGCUAUGUUAAGCAACACAUAGCUAUGUGUGUGGAUUGCCUCACAAACAAGAAGCCCGCAGGACCAAAACCUGGAUUUCUGCAUCCAAUACCGCCGGGGAGACGACCUUUCCAGACCAUACACCUGGAUCACCUCGGGCCGUUCGAAACUACGAUAACAAAAAAUAAGUAUUUACUCGUGUUGGUGGACAAUCUGACGAAAUAUACGAUGUUAUACCCGUGCAAGACAACCAACGCCGCCGCAGUAGUACGCGUCUUAGACAAGUUCUGUUCCGAACGAGGGAUACCGGAUCGAAUUAUUACAGAUCGAGGUACGUGUUUUACGGCCAACGCGUUCGGAAAAUUUUGUAGCGAUCGAGAAAUACGCCAUACACUGAACUCCACACGACACCCGCAGGCUAACGGGCAAGUGGAGAGGGCCAACCGUACAAUUGUCUCGUUACUUAGUGUCACGGCCACCGAACACAAUAAUUGGGACACGCAACUACGGUACGUCGAGAAUAUGUUGAACACGGCUCCGAACAAGUCAACGACAAAAACACCGUACGAGACGUUGCACGGUUACCUACCUCGUUUUCACAAGGGAAUACUACCUACGCUGAGCCUCACUCGAAAUAACUGGCGGGACCCACAGGAAAUUCAGACGGAGGCACGACGGAAUAUUAUCGACGCCCAACGCGCAAUGAAGAUUUCCCACGACCGCAAGAGGUAUGAGGGCGUAAGGUACGAAGUUGGUGAAGUAGUGGUUAUGACAAAACCACCAGUGCCGCAUAUAUCGGCAAAACUUCAACCCAAAUACCGCGUAAAACCACUUCAGGUUAUGGAGGUGCUGCCAGGCGACACAUAUCGAGUUGCCGAACUCGCAACAGACGGGCACGAAGUGUAUGCCACGACGGCACACGUCUCGCAGCUCAAAUCGUGGACGGUCCUGAACGAAAAGGACGACAGUGAUGAGGGCGAAGACGACAGUGAUGAGGGCAAGGACGACAGUGAUGAAGAAGUCGAUGGUACUGCCAAUCCACCCAAAAACGACGAAAUCCACGCAGGCAACAACAGGGAAGGAAGGGCCGAGCAGACCAUGAUGGGUCCCAAGCGCAGUACGAGGACUCGACAAACGCCGAAGUACCUCGAGGAUUACUCCACAACAGGGUAA